GGAGCCGUGGGUGACACGUAAGUUGGGCGGGAGGCGGCGGCGGCCGAGGCUCCGCAGCCUCCUCAGUGAUACCGGCCCGCCAUCCCCCGAAGCCGGGGGAGCACCAAACCCGGACCCGUCACCCACCCCACCCAAACCCUCGCGGUGGCACCGCCUGGAGCCCGGGUCCCUUUGUUGGGCGCGCACCCCCUCCUUUUGGUGGCAACAAAGUCGCGCAGUGGGAACCGCCGCGAGGGGGCGGGGAGCGGCCAGGGCGGGACUCCGAGCGCCGCCGGGCACAGCCGGGCCAAAAAGUGGGGAGGAGGAAUAGAGACAGGAGGCAUCUGGGGAUCCGGGCGAGGACAUCCCGCUCAGAAGUAUGCGGAGGGCCCCCUCCCAGGCCCCGGGACUAGCAGAUAGCCAGCAUCGCAAAAGUUUGGCGGCGGCUUCCCCAGCGGUGUCGAUGGCUGUGCGUCCCACAGCGCGCGGGGGCUGAGCGAGAGCCACUUCCCCCUGGGCCCCGCUUUUGUGUCUGUCUCGCCUCUCCUCAUGCUGCGUCCGGCCACCUCCCGCGGCGGCCGCUGCUGAGGCGCUCGCUUGGGUGGAGGGGAGGAGGGGACGGCCGCGGCGCGCGGUCCGGCUGGGACUAUGGGAAACGGGAUGUGUUCCCGAAAGCAGAAGCGGAUCUUCCAGACACUGCUGCUGCUGACAGUGGUGUUUGGCUUUCUCUACGGCGCGAUGCUCUACUAUGAGCUGCAGACGCAGCUGCGGAAAGCCGAGGCGGUGGCGCUCAAGUACCAGCAGCACCAGGAGUCCCUUUCCGCCCAGUUACAAGUUGUGUACGAACACAGAUCAAGAUUAGAGAAGUCCUUGCAAAAAGAAAGACUUGAACAUAAGAAAGCAAAGGAAGAUUUUCUUGUUUAUAAGUUAGAAGCACAAGAAACACUAAAUAAAGGGAGGCAAGAUUCCAACAGUAGAUACAGUGCAUUGAAUGUGCAACAUCAGAUGUUGAAAAGUCAACAUGAGGAGCUAAAGAAACAGCACAGCGACUUGGAAGAGGAACACCGCAAACAAGGGGAAGACUUCAGUAGAACAUUCAACGACCAUAAGCAGAAAUACCUGCAGCUGCAGCAAGAGAAAGAACAGGAACUUUCUAAGCUAAAAGAAACCGUGUACAAUUUGAGAGAAGAGAAUAGACAACUAAGGAAAGCACACCAAGACAUACAUACGCAGCUUCAAGAUGUCAAGCAACAGCAUAAGAAUUUACUCUCCGAGCAUGAACAUCUUGUAGUGACUUUGGAAGACCACAAGAGUGCACUAGCUGCUGCGCAGACUCAAGUUGCAGAAUAUAAACAGCUGAAGGAUACUCUGAAUAGGAUUCCAAGCUUUCGAAAAGCAGAGCCAGCAGAGCGGCCAAGUGUGACUCAGGUGGCGCAUUCUCCACAAGGUGACAGCACAGCAAGGGAGAACCCGGCAGGAGAGCCACAGCAGGUGUCUCGAAACAGUCAUGUGUGGCAGAAGCAUGAAGCCCGGCCUGGAAAAACAGAAGAAACAAAACCUUCCCCUCCCACCCCGAGGGAGGCAGCAUUUCAGGCUCCGGCAGAGCUGGACCAGCAAGAAGCGGAAGCCCGAAAGCCCGAGGAGCACCAGGUGGAGGAGGAGCACAGAAAGGCCCUGGAGGAGGAGGCGAUGGAGCAGGUCGGGCAGGCUGAGCAUCUUGAGGAGGAACACGACCCGUCCCCAGAGGAGCAGGACCGGGAGUGGAAGGAAGAGCAGGGACGGAAAGAGGACACCAACCUUCUAGAAGGGCGAGCUCAUGCGGAGGGAGGAGGCCGUCCGCUCCAGGUGCAUCCUUCAGCUGAGCCAGCUACCAAAUUCCGGUCGCCCUAUGAGGAGCAGCUGGAACAGCAGAGACUGGCGGUGAGGCGUGCAGAAGAGGCCCAGCGGCUGCGAGAGCACCAGGAGGCCCUGCACCAGCAGAGGCUGCAGGAGCACUUGUUGAGGCAGCAGCAGCAGCAGCAGCAGCAGCAGCAGCAGCAGCAGCAUCUCAUGCAGGAGAUGGCCCAGCAGAGGCUGGCCCGGCAUGAGGAGGGGAGGCCGCAGCACCCAGAGCAGCUACGGCAGCAAGCUCAUUAUGAGGCCGUGGAUAAUGACAUUGUUCAGGGAGCAGAGGACCAGGGCAUCCAAGAAGAAGGAGGUGCCUAUGAGAGAGACAACCAGCACCAAGAUGAGGCAGAAGAAGACCCAGAGAAUGGACACAUGCCUCAAGAACAAGGGCUGCCUGAAGCUGACCCAGAAUCUGAGGCAGAUAGGGCAGCUGUAGAGGACAUAAACCCAGCAGAUGACCCUAAUAAUCAAGGCGAAGAUGAAUUUGAGGAAGCCGAGCAAGCGAGAGAAGAAAAUUUGCCAGAUGAAAACGAAGAGCAGAAGCAGAGUCCUCAAAAGCAAGGGAAUGCAGCAAUGGAGGAGCAUUUGGUGAUGGCAGGAAAUCCAGACCAGCAGGAGGAUAAUGUUGAUGAGCAGUACCAGGAGGAGGGCGAGGAGGAGAUGCCAGGAAUCUUUGAGAGAUUAAAAGGAAAGAAGUUCACCUUGGCUUCCUUUGAAAAAUUCAGGAGGGUUCAGGAAGAUUUGACUGAAGAGAAAAAAAGAGAAUUGGAGCAUAACGCUGAAGAGACCUAUGGUGAAAAUGAUGAAAAUGCUGAUGAGAAAAACAAUGAUGGAGAGGAACGAGAAGUUCGGGCUGACAAACAUGCCAAAGGCGGAGAAGAACACUACGAGGAGGAAGAGGAGGAGGAAGAAGACGGGGUGGCUGUUGCUGAGAAAUCGCAGCGAAGAGCUGAAAUGUAGCUGCACCUCCGGUUCACAGACAGCGCUCAGCCGACAAGAUUCCUUACAAGCUGCUCAAAAAUAAACCUGCCUACUGAAUUCUAGGAUAUUUAAUUAUGAAAAUUAAGUAUUUAGAUUUUUUAAACUUUUGUAUUAGAAAUGCUCAUACAAUUAUAUGAUAUAUUUUGAUAACCUAGGUUAGAGCUUCUUUUAUAUUCAAGCUAAACCCGAGCAAAAAGAAAAACAAUAAAGCAAACCUUAGGCUCUGAAUCUCUGUUUCAAACAUUAUGUGAUGGUGGAACGGACAUUGAUUUUGUACAUGUUUCAACUUGUUGCUUUUCUGUCUUCUAGUUUCCAGGUGUUCUGGUUGCCUUUGAUGAAAUACAGGAUUUCAAAAUAAAGAAUAGUGCAGAAAUGCUGUGCAGACUUUCAGGAGAAUGGCCCGUUUAUUAAUUGCUCCUCUUUCAAGGUUCUUGUGUAUAAUUUUGGUAGAAUUUUCACCAGUCUUUGUACCUCUGGAGUAAGAUCCAUUACAGACUGACAUUAUUUUUCAGACUUGUCAGAUCAGGUAGAAAAAUAUUUCUCUUCAAAUCACAGCUAUUCUUCUUGAAAGGAAUUAAAAGUAAGAUAGUACUAAAAUUCAUGUAACAGUAUUCUGGACUUAGAUAUUUCAGUAUCCAAACAAGGUAUGACACCUUAAUAUAUUAACCUUUUUUGAAAGACUGACAUGUUGUUCAGUAACUAACUUACCGUGUGUGGGUGGUGUUUUCUCCAUGAGCACCCAUUCUGUUACUUUUCCAAAGCCACCUGGUAAUAUCCUUAUUUCAUUAUCUAAUCCCCUACAAUAAUAUAUAUUUCCCCUGCAAGUUCUGUGCCUCAAUAUGUAAUCACUUUGAUGGCUAGUAUGAAUAUGAAGACAUACAAAACUGUACAAUUGAAUAAGAUUAUUUUUCAAAAACUGUACAGCAGUAUGAUAAACCCUGAUGACUUUUCUGACUGCUGGGGUUGGGUCCACAUUAUCGCCACAGGUAGACAUAUUAAUGGUGAUGAAUUAUAAAAAUUACUUAAGUUAAAAAUCAAAAAUUUCCCUGGGGCUAAUAGAGACAUUUCAGCCUCAAGCAUAAAGAUUUUUAGAUAUAUAGAUUUAGGUUAUAUAAUUCAUGUCUGUGGUUUUGUAAUACUCUCAAAUUAUUAAAAACAUUUCAAUUUCUACCGUCGUGGUAUGAAUGUAAUUUUAUUUUUAGUAACCGUACUCAUGUAUGGUUUUGAUUGUCCCAGUUGAGAGAUUGUGUAUGUAUACAUAGGAAUGUUACUUCCAAUCUAUUUUGGAUUUUCAAUAAUCAUGAAUCAAAUUUUACCUUUAUGUAUAAAAACCCUUUAUGUAAUGUAAAAUGUAUAAUAUUGUACAUAAUAUUCAGAAUACAAUUAUUUUGGUAAAUUAGUUUGUAUUUUUAAUGUCCCAGUUGCAGUAUUUAAUUAUUUGAAACAUUGAAACUUGGUAAUAG